GGUCAAAUCUAUGUGGCAGAUGAAAGGAAUCAUCGAGUCGUGCGUUGGUGUGAAGGAGAUGAUGAAGGUGAAAUUGUUGUUGGUGGAAAUGGUUUUGGAACUCAAUCAAAUCAAUUGAAUUAUCCCAGAGGUUUAGCAUUUGACAAUGAAGAAAAUCUUUAUGUUGUUGAUCAAAAUAAUCAUCGAAUCCAAAAAUAUGAAAAAAUUUGA